CCUCCCCCGCCAAGCUCUGCGGGGUGGGGCGUGAGAAGCAGGGCAGCUAGCAGGCGCCGCACACACCGGCGCUCAGAACUGAGCGCAUCGGGGAGCGCGCCCGUCCGGCAGCCCCCAAAAACGGAAGUGGAUGCAAGACAUCGCGGUGAUUGGCCAAGCCCACACGUCCCUCAAGGGGCUGGCGCGAACGCCACUGCGGAGUUAGGCCAGGGAUAAGAACUAGGGAGGGGGAGUAUCACUGGGAACAGCCGCUGGAAGGAAAUAAAUGGCGGAGGUGCGCAGAGGGUCAGGAAGGUUCCUUGUCAAGUGACACUGAGGCUCUCGGGAGCAAAAGCAGGGCAGCAGAACAGGCGGCGGGGGUUGAGCAGGUCGAGGGCUUGAAUAGACCGCGGAGGGCGGGGAGUCCGUGGCCGAGAGCGGCGCUGCAGCGCGGUAGGCGGGACUAACGGGAGCGAGGCGGGGAUUGGCGGGCAGCCCUCAGCUGCCGUACGUCGCUGGUGACGCACGCCUCGGGGAGGGUGCGCGCGCGUUCAGCGGCCUCUUUGUGUGGUGCCCAGAUUGGGGAGCGGAGGUGGCGGGAGCGGCGGCGCUGGUUGUCUCCCGUUCUCCUCGGUUCGCCCUCUAGCCGGCGCCUCUCCCCUCCCUCCCCCUUCCUCUUCUCCUUCCUUCCCUCCCCUUCCCUCUUUCCCUUCCCCGCCGGUGGCCGGCGGUGGCGGCUCCAGCAGCGGCUGGGCCCAAGCUGUGUAAGAGGCCUCGGCGAAAGGUAGCGGCGACGGCGAAGCCUCGGAGCUCGCAGGGCGGGGGCAAGGCCCGGGCCGUGGAGAUGGAGAAUUCGCAGCUUUGUAAGCUGUUCAUCGGCGGGCUCAACGUGCAGACGAGUGAGUCGGGCCUGCGCGGCCACUUCGAGGCCUUCGGGACUCUGACGGACUGCGUGGUGGUGGUGAACCCCCAGACCAAGCGCUCGCGCUGCUUCGGCUUCGUGACCUACUCCAAUGUGGAGGAGGCCGACGCCGCCAUGGCCGCCUCGCCCCACGCCGUGGACGGUAACACCGUGGAGCUGAAGCGGGCGGUGUCCCGGGAGGAUUCGGCGCGGCCCGGGGCCCACGCCAAGGUGAAGAAGCUCUUUGUCGGGGGCCUGAAGGGAGACGUGGCCGAGGGCGACCUGAUCGAGCACUUCUCGCAGUUCGGCACCGUGGAGAAGGCCGAGAUAAUCGCCGACAAGCAGUCCGGCAAGAAGCGCGGCUUCGGCUUCGUGUAUUUCCAGAAUCACGACGCGGCAGACAAGGCCGCGGUGGUCAAGUUCCACCCGAUCCAGGGCCAUCGCGUGGAGGUGAAGAAGGCGGUCCCCAAGGAGGACAUCCACGCCGGCGGGGGCGGCGGCGGCUCCCGGUCCUCCCGGGGCGGCCGCGGCGGCCGGGGUCGCGGCGGUGGUCGAGACCAGAACGGCCUGUCCAAGGGCGGAGGCGGCGGUUACAACAGUUACGGCGGCUACGGCGGCGGCGGCGGCGGCGGCGGUGGCUACAAUGCCUACGGAGGCGGCGGCGGCGGCGGCUCGUCGUACGGUGGCAGCGACUACGGUAACGGCUUCGGCGGCUUCGGCAGCUACAGCCAGCAUCAGUCCUCGUACGGGCCAAUGAAGAGCGGCGGCGGCGGCGGAGGCAGCAGCUGGGGCGGUCGCAGUAACAGUGGACCUUACAGAGGCGGUUAUGGCGGUGGGGGUGGCUACGGAGGCAGCUCCUUCUAAAAAGAUAGGAAAAUGCCUGGGAGUGGCUAUUAGAGGUUAGCUGUUUGCAACAACCCAAGUGGGGUCAACUCCAAAAUCCUUCCCCCCUCCCACCGCCGUUCCUGUUUUGCUCUUGGGGGAGCCGCUGGUAAGGCUGCUUACCCUGGGGGUGUCCCCCUCUUUGCCUGCCACCUUUCUUCUCCCCUAAGAAGAUGGACUGGGCCCCACACACAUUUUUGUGUUACAGUCAUUGAUGGACUCUAUUUUUUUAUUAUUACUUGGACCUUGGUCGUUUUUAUACUAGCAAAAUGUCUUGUUUUAAUUUGUGUUGGCGGGGGGAGGGAGUGAACUUGCUGAUUGUAGCAAAACCUGGGCGGGGGUGGGGGGGUAGUUUACUUUGUUGUAAGGACUUGAUACCUGGCUACAGCGUUUUCUACGAAACCUACUUGGAUUCCAUGCCUGAAAUUUGGAAGCAUAUGUACAAAAAUCAUUUUUACGUUUUAUUUUUAAUAAAUCAUUGUGUUUGACCGUACAUGUCUAACAUUUUUUUUCCUAGGAUCCAUUCCAUACCGUUUUAAAGGGAUAUUAGUUGAAGAUAUUUCGUGUUAAAUCUUAAUGUGUACUUUGAGAAACUUAAGAGGUCCUGUGGGGUUUUUUUUCUUGUUGACCUAGUAGUGAUGUGUUAAAUUUUAACCAUUACAGGCAAAACUUUGGAAGUGGUGGAUGUGGCUUUAAAAAAAUCUUAAGUUUCUGUGCAUCCAUCUCGUAUUAGGCAAUUUGUUUAUCAUCUUGAUAUGGUCAUUUCUUUCUAUGAGAAUUUACUUCAAAGUAUGUACUGUGUAGUUUUAAAAGAAAUAGUUUGUGUUAAGCAUGUGUUUUCAUUCUUAUAAACUGUUUAAAAAUUCUCAGAUGGCCUAGUUCAUCCCUUAUUGGUUUGUCUGUACUGAUUACAAAUAAGGGUUACAUUUUGCCCUAACACUAAAUACAUUUUUGUACUUUCAGGGCAGGUUUAAAACACGUUUUUUUCCUAUAUCUGAACUGUUAAUCUUCAUGAAAAUCCUUCUCCCAACCUUUGUAGCACCGUCUACUGGCGGAAGGGCAGUAUAGCUGAAGACAGUUGGUUUAAAAUUGUUUAGGACAAUUGCAUCAGAUUUAGAAGUUUGCUAUCAAAGAUCUGUGAAAACUUGGAAGUUGCAGAUUUAAUUGUAACUGAAGUGGGCCUCACAGGUAUAUAGCUAUCACAUUUGCCCUUUCUACAUGAGAUUUUAAAAUGUAAACUGCAGUGACCCCAAAUUGCUAUGACAACUAAUGAACCAGCUAUGUGUACUGGUAUCUUAGGUGCAAGUUGUAAAGCAAAAUACCUGUAUUCUGCUUGGUUAAACAUGUAUAUUUGUAGCCCUUUCAUGCAAUAGAAUUUAAGUUGUUUAUAAAAACAAAACAUAAUAGGAGAAAAUUUCCUUUUUGGAUAGAAAUAUUAGAAUAGCAACGUUUAUGGAUAUUACAAAUAAAGAAUUCAAUUCUUUACAUGAUUGAGUGAGAGUAUGUAUAACCUGGUGGGUGGAUUCAGAGUACCUAUUUUAAAGUUGGUUUCAUGCUAUGAUAAAACGUUUGACUUGAAGGCCUAAAUGCAGUACUUAAAAGAUCCCUAAAAAGAUUGAGUUUUAAAGUAAAAGAAUAUUGAUGUUGACUUGUUUUUUAGUUCUUGUUACUGUAUGAUUUUUGCCAUAAUAUUUUAAUUGCCAGGCCUUUAAAGGGAGAGCUCAAGGUUGUUAGGCUAGGUUCUGGGUUCUCAGUGGUACUUUUGACAAAGGAUAGCUAAUGCUUUGUACAGAUAUUUAAGUAGACUUCUGGCAAAUGAGGUGGAGGUUUUUGCACAUUUGAAUAAAGUAAUAUUAAGUGCAUCGUUAAUGCUGUUUCCUUAAGUUUCUGUUUUUGGUUUUUUACUUUUAGUGUACUACACAACCAACCAAUGGGCUGCUUCACUUGGUAAUCAUUUGGCCUGAAUUUUGGGGUGGACCCUAGGAUACAAAAAAUGAUUUGCUUUAAUCUUUUAUUAAGUAUUAUUAUUCUUGAAUUUAAUUUAGUUUUGUAGAAAUAAAUAACUUCUGUGGAUCAGUUGGAAUUAGUUUAUCUUUCAAAAGAGUUGUAGUCAUUUUGUACUUCUAACCUAGUGGCUUUUACAGUGUUGGAAAAUGAAUUUAUGUAAAAGGAUUUGUUAAUUAGAAAAGCAACCUACUUUGCUCAUAGUAUAUUCACACUUUAAUGACUGUAGCCAAAACAAAUUUCUAUAUUCUAGGCUGGUAUAUAGUGAAAGAAAAAGCAUAGUGAUAUUUAAUUUUUCCUGGGUUCCUCUUAUCAGUUUUUAUGUGAACAUUUUUAGCAUAUGUGGCUUUUUGGGUAGAGGCACACCUGGUUUUGUUUCGAUCCUUUUACUGUGAGAAUGAACAUGAAUUUUAUUAUUUCAAACUUAACAAUUUAUGGGAGGAGGUAAUGCAGAAUCUAGUCAGCAUUGUAAUUGAAUCUAAUUUGAAAGAUUAACAAAAUAAAAACUUUGUCUCUAAUGUAGAGGAUCUUUUGUAUUUACAAUACUUUUUAAAGAGUAAAUUCUGGAAUUAUUGAAAGUAGUUUGAAAGGGCUUAAAAGGUGAUAAUUUCAGUUAUCUUAAAAACCUUGCAGGUAGUUGGAGUUUGUAAUGCUGUGAAGUCUUAAUGAUAUACUGAGUAUUUCUUCCAGUAAGUUGAUGAUUUGGAUUAUAAAUUCAGAUUUUUUAAAAGCAAGAUUAAAGAAUUGAGGGUGUUUGAGAUUUUGGCAUUUAUGAUUCUUUCCCUUAAGAGCAGGUGUGACUGUUUGAUUUGUAGUCUUAUUUUCCUUUUACGUGUGCUUACGUUUUUCAAGUUUGAGAAUUUGAAUUUUAGAUUAGAUUUUGUAAUUCUGUGACUGCUAACUUAAAAGUAGACAGUAGGGUAUUGGAUUGGCUUGAGUAUAGCCACAUCUCGGCAGUCUAUAGAACUUUUUGCAAUUAGGGAAAGUCUCUUCCAUUAUACAUUUUAUCAAUGUAAUGGUAUGGUGAUUGGGAAAGUUUUCCUUUCAGCCCUAUUUUGGCCUUAUGAAACAGCAACAGUGUCUAAACCAACCCAAUGCAAUGCCUUUUCCUUAGUGUCAUUGCAGGUUACUCAAAUGUACCCUUGUCUCAUGCUUUCUCAGUAAAAGUGGAAAUGUGAUGAUUUUUCAGUUAAAAAAGUACUUUGAAAGAGUAGAUAACCAGCCCCCUCCAAUUCUACUUUAAACAUCUUGCAUAACAUUUGGAUUGCACUAAAAGUUACAGAAAAUACUUGUACUACUAGGAAGUAUAAAAUAGAAAUCUUACUGCUUCUUAAAAGUGAUGUUUUAAAAAUAAUUAGAAUUAAUAAGUUUGUAAAGCAGACUACACAAAAAGUAAAAAUCCUACCAAUAAGGGCAAAUGCUCUUUUGUAACCACUAUUAAGGGGUAUAUAUCCAGAUCUUUUUUAUAAUUACAUUAAUUUUUAAAAAUACAAAAUACUUUUUUUUUUUGCCAUAUUAUUGUAAUCAUUCUUGUGUAUCAGGAUAAGUGGACUGAUCUAAUUCUUAAUACCUGUAUAGUAUUCCAUAGUAUAAUUGUACUGUAUCUUAAAGUAGUUCUCUUAAUGGAAGCGAGGUUUCAGUUUCUUGCUUUUAUAAAUAGUGAAGUGAUGAUUGGUAUUGUAAAUGUUUCUCACCAACUGUGCUUAAUUGAUGAGUAGGCUACAUAAGUUGAAUGUGCUAGAAAGCAGAAUGAAGCAAUUCUCUGGUAUAUUUCUUCUAGUAGUAUACUCAGAAAUGUAUGUAGUCGUUUGUAUCUUAAAGUCUUAGGGUAAACUAAAUUUUCAAAGCUAGGUAAUGUACAAUAGUAUUAAUGGUCUGUGAAGACCAUUAUAUUGCUGGCCUUACCUUUUGUUUUCUCCAGUACUGUAAGAGUAUUUGCCAAAUUUUUCAUAUUAUGUCUACAUUUGUCACUUAAUUACCUGAAGAAAUACAAAACCUGUUUAUUGUGUA